CACAAUCUCGUCGUAUGAAGAUGAUAGCCGCGUUUCAGUAUCAGAUAAUGAAGCUUAAGGUUGUUAGACAACGACGAUCAAAGAGCUUCUUCAUUCCCGAUUGCCGGCAAAUGAGCUCAGGCAAGCCAGCAGCGUCUACCAAUUCUCGGACAACGUUUUGCAGGUCCACUAUGGUUUCAACUUCAGCUUCAUCGUCGUCUUGUGUGUCCACUGACUCUGUCUUCAGCGGCAUUUCCAGCGCGCAAAGUCUCGCGGCUGAUAGAGUGAGUCGCCGGCAGAGAGACAGUCUGUUGACUAAGGAGUUGAACCCAAAUGCACCGCCUUACCUGCGCCGCCGAGCCGAAGCCAUCUUGAGGGUGUUGUCCCAUGGUUCCAUUACUGAAAUUAGGAUUCGCCAGCUGAUUGGCAAUAGCCCUGACACCAGCAAAGCCUUAAGAAUGAUGCUGAAGCAAGGAAAGGUGAAGAGAUCAGGAGCAGGGGGUCCCUCAGAUCCUUACAUUUACGUGGUUAAUUUAGCUUUAGCAAAUAACACUCAGUCAGCUCUGAAACAGGUGUAAAUCAAGUUACUUAUUCAUAUGGAAUAAACAAUUUUUGCGCAAAACCACUUGAAGAUUAUAUUAAUGAGAUGAAGUUGCUGCCCAGCUUUCUGACCAGGUAUGCUCAUUGUUAGCCAAACGUAUCCAUGCCAAAUGUGGAGUUGUUUUGUGUCUCUUGCACUGGUAAUGUCAGAGAAAUGAAUCUUUGACAUGUUCGAAAACUUGGUAUUAUCUGUGUUCAUAUAUGUUAAUGCUGUGGAUUUGUUGUCUUUACCAUUCUGGAAUAGAUGUCAUAAUAUUUUGUUAUUGGUCAGAAUAUAUGUAUGCAGCAAGUGAACCAAAUAUCUUGUUUUUUUGGGUCACUGAGUGGUUUUUACUUUAGCUAUAUAUGAGAUUUGAUUGCCGUCCUUUCAUACUCUUCAUGCUGUUUUGCCAAACCCAUCAUUUUACUAGGUGACAAUGUCGGUCGAUUAUAGUAGCAAACAUUUGGCAGUUUAUAUUCAUUUUGUGCUUGCUAAGUUACAAGAGCAUUCAUAGCUUUUUGCUGACAAUUUAGCUAA